UCAGAAGGAAACAUGGUCGAGCCUUCAGGUGUCGGGCACGCAGUUAUCAUACGACCGCAUCAUGCCUUCUUCAUGGCAACAGGUCGUGUGCUUCUCCUUCUACAAUAAUUCUGUAAUUUAUGAGGCAAUUCCAUACAGGUUGACGUAAACAAGCCUCCAUGGUGGACCAAUGGGAAUCUCAGGAUAACUCCCUCCUACGUUUCAUGAGUUUGAUAUUUAAAGAAGGUUCGACCAGGAUUAACAAUAAAUGUUUAUUCGCCAUAGGAAAGAGAUUUUUCUGCGAGACUUCACAAUCCAAAAUGACUACGUACACAGAUAAAGGACCAAAGCCGGAAGGAGGGAAGUUCUUAAGCUUUGAUCACUUGAGGUUUUGGGUUGGCAAUGCAAAACAAGCUGCCAGCUAUUACUGCGCCAGGAUGGGUUUUGAACCUCUGGGCUAUCGCGGUUUGGAAACUGGCUCCAGACGGUUCGCGACAUAUGCAGUUAAACAGAACAAGAUUGUAUUUGUAUUUGAAUCUGCCUAUGAACCUAACGACGAGGAAUUUUCAAGUCAUUUGUCGCUACACGGUGAUGGAGCCCGGGACGUAGCCUUUGCCGUCGAAGAUAUCGAAAUUGUAUUCAAGGUGGCGAAAGAGCGCGGGGCCAAAGUAAUACGAGAACUGUGGGAGGAAACGGACGAAUAUGGAACAGUGCGUUUUGCCACAGUGCAAACAUAUGGAGAUACCCUGCAUACGUUCGUUGACAGAAGCAAGUACAAGGGUAAAUUUUUGCCAGGAUUCCAGGACCUUCCCAAAGAUCCCCUCACAAAGAUUCUGCCAGUGAUUGAUUUGAAAUUUAUUGAUCAUGUCGUUGGAAAUCAACCAGAUGGUCAAAUGGAAUCAGUGGCCAAAUGGUACGAGCAAUGUUUACAGUUUCACAGGUUCUGGUCAGUUGACGACACUCAAUUGCAUACAGAAUAUUCAGCACUACGUUCCAUUGUGAUGACAAAUUAUGAGGAAACUGUAAAGAUGCCAAUAAAUGAGCCAGCACCUGGGAAGAAGCGUUCACAGAUUCAGGAAUAUGUAGAAUAUUAUGGUGGAGCCGGUGUGCAACAUAUUGCACUGAAUACAAGUGAUAUUCUCACAGCUAUUAGCCAUUUACGUGCAAGAGGAGUGGAAUUCCUUGAAGUACCGGACACUUAUUAUGAGAUGUUAAGAAAGAGACUCGAGAGCAGCGAAGUUAAAAUACUUGAAGACUUGAAUAUUCUUCAGAAAUUGAAAAUAUUGAUUGACUAUGACGAAGAGGGAUAUCUAUUGCAAAUAUUCACAAAGAACAUGCAAGACAGGCCUACGCUUUUCAUAGAAGUCAUACAGCGUCGUAAUCACAAUGGUUUCGGAGCAGGCAACUUCCAGGCUCUGUUCGAGGCCAUUGAAUUGGAGCAAGCAAAGCGCGGAAAUCUCUAGUUAAUCAUACUGUUAAUAGGUCAAUAAAGAAAUUUUCAAACGAG